AGCAGGUAUUCGAAAAGGGAAGCAUGAUAGAGACAAAAUGAAGAUUGUAGCUGUAUUCCUGAUCCUUGAAACUGUAUGCUUUCUCAGUUCGGAAGCUAUUCCAGGGUACUUAGGAUGCGUCAAAGCCCACAUUAACCGAUUUCUGACCGGUAAGGCAAUAAAAUCCGGGGACAUGACCAUUAACAAGUGCAACAGUAUGUGCAUGAAGCAUAACUACAAAUUCUACGGUGUCCAGGCUGGACAAUGGUGUUUCUGUGGAAACACUUUUCAAAAAACUUUUAGAAGACCAUGGAGAGAAUGUAACAUGAGAUGCGCCGGGAAUAGAAGACAGCCUUGUGGUGGACAUAUGAGAAUGAACCUCUUCCUAAAUAAAGGAUAUUUAGGAUGUUUCCAAGACCAAAAGGACCGAGUACUGACCGGAAAAUAUAAACAAGAUGGAAUGAUGACCAUUCCAAAGUGCAGGGAUUGGUGUGCGAAAGAUAAAAAACAAGUUCUUUGGUCUCGAGGAUGGAGGAUGGUGCUUCUGUGGAAACACUCUUACAAAACCUGUUCAAAAACCAGAGAGAGAAUGCAACAAGAGAUGUCGUGGGAAUAGAAGGCAACGUUGUGGUGGCUUUUGGAAAAUUAACAUCUAUAAAAACUUGGAAAUAAAAUAAACAACAGUAUGUGAAUGAAGGGCACUCAGGUGUGAAAU